AUGUGGCUCUUCAACUCUUCCUCCUUCGCCACAGUUUUCCCCGCCCCAACAUCCCACGACUCUUUCAAUUCCUCCAACUCCACCAUGUCUUUCUACGAAUUAUGCAGGGAAUCAGUACCAACCUUUGCCAUCUACACCAUGUACACUUUUACAAACAUCCUUGUCCUCUGUCCACUCUACAUCUACAUCCUCUACAUAGGUUUCCAACAUUGGAGGUGUCAGCACUCUGCAUCUGCAGGAAGGUCGAUGAGCCUCUCUGACUUUUUCACCUACAACAUGAUGAUCUUGGAGAUGUUUGGUGUGUUUGGAUCAGUCCUCUUUUGUUUGAGCAAACCUACAAGUAAUGACUCACUAAUGAUGUUGGGCAUAUAUUUAUUUUGCGUAGUUUUUCCUGGACAGACAUUUUUCCAUGUCCUGACCUGUAUGGAGCGCUAUCUGGCCGUUGUUCACCCCAUUGCCUACAUGCAUGUGCGAGAAGUAUCGAGGGUCAGAAUUAAAAACAUCUGCACCUUGUGUGUUUGGCUGAUGUGUGGCGGUUGGGUGGGGAUAGUAAAGCUGUACUACCCCAGUUUUCCCAUGGUCCCGUUUCUUUCAUUGGGCAUCUGUCUGUUAGUUAUUAUUGCGUGCUGUGUGUUUGUUCUCUAUGCUCUGACUCGUUCAGGGCCAGGACACAUGGGUAAGAACAAGGAUCGAGUUGACCAAUCAAAGCAGAGGGCUUUCUAUAUGAUUACAGCCAUAACAGGAGUGAUGCUGUUGAGGACUGCUGGCUUCCUGCUUUGUUUUACAAAAGUAGAGGACAGAGCGGAGGUCCUCAUCAUUGGUGUAGCUACAAGUGAAAAGCUGAACCAGCUUGAGGUGCUGUUGGAGGAUGGACAGAGCCUAUUCAUUGACAGUGAGCUGUGGAAUCCAUUUGAUAAGGAACUUUGA